CUUAAUACGGAUCCUGAGAUCCACCACCACCGCGUAUUUGAACUCCAACAGCCACCACCGCAACCAUGGCUAUCCAGAAGAAGCAUGGUAAAGGUCGUCUCGACAAAUGGUACAAACUUGCCAAAGAGAAAGGCUACCGCGCGCGUGCCGCCUUCAAGCUGAUCCAAAUCAACAAGAAAUACAACUUUCUCCAGGACGCCAAAGUAUGUGUCGAUCUCUGCGCGGCGCCCGGAUCGUGGUGUCAGGUGGCGGCCGAAGUGAUGCCGGUGAACUCCCUGAUCAUUGGAGUCGACCUGGCGCCCAUCAAAGCGAUCAACAAGGUCAUCACUUUCCAGAGCGACAUUACCACUGAAAAGUGUCGGGCUACCAUUCGGGGACAUUUGAAAACUUGGAAGGCCGAUGUGUUCCUUCACGAUGGUGCGCCGAACGUCGGUACCGCCUGGGUGCAGGAUGCUUUCACACAGUCGGAGCUGGUGCUGCAGUCGCUUAAGCUGGCAACAGAGUUCUUGAUGCCAGGCGGCACUUUUGUUACGAAGGUUUUCCGCUCGAGAGAUUUCAACAACCUGAUGUGGGUGUUCAACCAACUGUUCAACAAGGUCGAGGCUACCAAGCCCCCGUCGUCGAGAAAUGUCUCGGCCGAGAUCUUCGUCGUGUGUCGUGGCUACAAGGCACCCAAGAAGAUCGACCCCAAGUUUCUCGACCCGCGCACUGUCUUCGAGGAACUCCCCGAUGCGGCGCCCAACAACGAAGCGAAGGUCUUCCAGCCCGAGAAGAAGAAGCGUCAGCGUGGUGGUUACGACGAAGGCGAUUACCUGCAGUUCAAGGAGGCGCCGAUCAACGAGUUCAUCGAGACUACGGAUCCCAUCCAGAUGUUGGGUUCGCUCAACAAGUUCUCUUUCGCCGAGAAGGCUGAUGGUGAUCUUGCGAUUGCCGCGAUUUCGAAGCUCCCCGAAACUACGCCCGAGAUUAUGGCGUGCUGCGAGGAUCUUCGGGUUCUGGGAAAGAAGGAUUUCAGGAAACUGCUCAAAUGGCGAUUGGCUGUGCGAGAAAAAUUUGGUCUAGUGGUCAAGAAGGCGGUAUUAGUCGAGGAGGCUGAGGUUGAGCCCAUGGACGAGGAAAUGCAGAUGGAGACCGAUCUCCAGCGUCUCAAGGAGCGCGAGUCUGCCGAGAAGAAGAAGACCAGGCGGAGAGACAAUGAGAAGAAGCAGAAGGAGAUCGUCAGAAUGCAGAUGCACAUGGGAACUCCGAUGGAGAUCGGUAUGGAGCAAGACUCUGGCUCGAUGUUCGGGCUCAAGGGUGUGGACAAGGCAGGCCCGGACGCACUGAAGAAGAUCGCCAAGGGGAAAAUGAACAUCGUUGUGGAGGAGGAGGGCAAGCCCAUCCACAAGGAUGUGUAUUUGGGCGAGCUGCUGCCAACUGCGGAAGAUAGUGAGGAUGAGACGGAGAACCGGCUGGAGGAGGAGUUGGAUGAGCUCUACGUACGGUACCAGGAGCGAAAAGCCGAAUCCGACGCCAAAUUCAAAGCCAGAAAGAACCGCAAAGAGCACGAGGACGGUGAGUGGCUCGGACUAUCCGACGGUGAAAAGAGCGAGGACGACGAGGAGGUUGUGGAACAUGCGCAAAGCGACGACGAUGAGAGCGAUGAUGAGGAAGAUAGCGAGGGGAGGGUGCUCCUCAAGAAGCUGGACGGCUCAGAAGUUAAGGGAGAGGAUGGUCUCAGCAAACGGGCAGCGCUAUUCUUCGACCAAGACAUCUUUGCCGGGAUUGACGAAGAGGAGGAGGAGGGUGAGGAGGAGGAUGAGGCCGACGAUACGUUUACUGGUUUCGACAGCGAAGGUGAAGAUGAGGUAGAGGGAGAGGCGGGUGAUGUUGAGAUGGGAGAUGCCGAUGCUGUCAAGGUGGACGAUGAGGAGGAGGAGGAGGAAGAAGGAAUCGAGUUCGUCAAGACACAGAAAGAGGAGAAUUGGGAUGCCGAUGAUGAGCCCAUGAAGAACGGCCGACCUGACAUCGAUAUCAUCACUGCCGAAGCCAUGUCUCUCGCCCAACAGCUCGUCACAGGACAAAAGACCAAACACGACCUCAUCGACGAUGGUUUCAACAAAUGGUCAUUCCGAGAUCGCGACGGCCUCCCCGAAUGGUUUCUCGACAGCGAAGAUAAAUACGCCAAGCCCAUCAAACCCAUCACUGCCGCUGGUGCCGCGGCCAUCAAGGAAAAGAUGCGCGCGCUCAACGCCCGACCUAUCAAGAAGGUAGCCGAAGCCAAGGCCAGGAAGAAGUACAAGGCCGUGCAGAAGAUGGAGAAGCUCAAGAAGAAGAGUGCCCUGCUCGCCGAGGACGAGGGCUUAACGGAGAAGGACAAGGCUCAGACUAUCACCAAGAUGAUUGCCAGAGCAGCCAAGAAGAAGCCGAAGCAACAGGUCAAGGUUGUUGUCGCCCGCGGCCUCAACAAGGGACAAGGACGGCCCCGCGGUGUCAAGGGAAGAUACAAGAUUGUAGAUGCCAGAUUAAAGAAGGAUGUCAGGGCACAGAAGAGGACGGCGAGGAAACUGAAAAAGAGGUAGUCUUCUCAUCUUCUUUGCGGCUUGUAGUUGGGAGGGUGGUUUUGUUUUGUAUCUGUAUAAUCAAAAGCAUUGGGUUGGGUUAGCCUGUUAGGAGUACACCGACGCCGUUUGGGCCACUGAAGACGACUGUUUCGCUGGCAUUGUUGUUUGUGAGGUUUUGUGAUUGGCAUUCGUAGAAAUCACAAAGAUAAUAGCAUGGAGACAAUGUAUUGGGUGGAAACAAGGAAC